AUGAUUAGCAGCAAUAGAUUUAACGUUUUCUUUUUAUUAUUCUGUGUUGCUUAUGAUCAGUGUUAUUCGAAAAUACCGGACUACAUACAAGUAUGCAAGCGUGAUCAGGAGACCAUAAAUGAAUGUGUGCGCGAAUCCAUAGAGCAGCUACGAUCGAAACUGCUUAAAGGCAUUCCAGAUCUAAAUGUGCCUAGUAUAGACCCUUUCUACAUUUCUGAGAUAUCUCCGCCCGUCGGGAAAAACAUGAGAGCUUUCCAAGCGGUGGGUAAAGAUAUCGUAGUUUCUGGAGCCGGAAAUUUCACGAUAAAAAGUGUUUUUGUCGAUCUAGAUAAAAUGACAGUCCGCGCUCGCGUCCGUUUUCCAAGACUGCACUUCGAAGGGAAAUACAAAGUGGAUAUUCAGUUCCUGCUACUGCCAAUUCGAGGUGAAGGGACUCUUGUAGCUGAUGCUAUAAAAUGCAAUGUCGAUGCCCUGCUGCGUAUUAAAACGGUGGAGAAAGAAGGCGUCGAAUACAUAGAAUUUACUGAUAUCGACACUGAUAUAACUAUCAAGGACUACUGGAUCAAUCUCCAAGGGCUUUUCAAUGGAGAGAAAACAUUAGAAGAAGUAACUAAUAUGGCUCUCAACGAAAACAAAGCAGAAUUAAUGAAAGCGGUGAAGCCCUUUGCGGAGAAGGGAGUAUCUAACAUAAUUCUGGAUGCGGCUAAUAAAAUAACUAAUAUGAUACCUUACGAUGAGUUAUUCCCAAAAGCGUGA